AUGCAGCAAGAGAGGCGCAGGCGGUAUGCGUUCCUGGCCCCGUCCAUGAUUCCUACAAAAAUACGGGUGGUUGACAGGACCAGGGUGCACCGCCGCCAGAACAGGCCUUGUCCUGGUGGGAACGGGGCCACCAUAGGCACCUUUCAAGAAUUUACUGUUCUCUGCAACUCGAACAUUGAAGGGGAUGUCCUCGACACACUGGAUGUUUUCGACUUAACGGCGUGUGUCGAUCUCUGCUCCUCGUUCCACCCAAGAUGCGAAGGGGCCUCGUUUGACGGAUCCCGGUGCACCCUACGGACCAACGUAAGGUCAGCUGAGGAGCAGGCUUUGGCAAGGCGGAUCGAUUCUGCAAUCGCCAGCUUCCCAGGUGCUAGCUCGGAUUGCGCAACGCUAGGCGGGACCGAGGAGGCGGUCGGGACCACCUUCACCACCAUGUGCGGGUUCAUCAUCGCUGGAAACGACAUCAGCCAGAACUUUGCCCCGACAUUUCAAGACUGCUUGGGGCAAUGUGCGUCAACGAACGGCUGCGCAGCGGUGUCUUUCGACCCAAGCCAAGAUCUCGGGUUCAAGAAUUGCUACCUCAAGACCGCAGUGCGAGACUCCAGCGACGUUGCCGCAGACCGACGCACCGACUCUGCCAUGAUGGCUGCUGCUGUUGCUGCUCCGGAUCUCUCGCCGGGUGCAAGCUCAUCUCCGGCUGGCCCUGGAGUCUCCACCAUCCCGGUGCCCCAACCAGGUAGCGGGGCCGUGUUCUUCACUCCACCCGGGGGCAGCACGGCAGCCGCGCAUACUCCACCUACACCGAUCUCGACGCCGGCGCCGACCCCUUCAUUGGGCACAGCAACCGAGCUCCUGAUUGCGCAAAAUUCGUCGCUAGCCGCGGGCUCGCUCCCGCCCUUGCUCCCAAAACCCACUACGACGUCCGUUUCCUUGACAGAAUCGUCCGUCCCGGAAACGGCUGGCCAAAAUGCUGGCGACGGUCCGCCGCUGUCCAUGGCCUGGGUCGCCGCACCCAUCGUGGGCAGCGUGGCGGCUAUCGCGCUGAUUGCAGUCUCCUUUGUCAUGCUCAGACGCAGGCGCCGCAACGACGGCGGCGGCAAGAAGGCGAAUAUUUCUCGCCUGCCUGCGGUGUCGAGUUUGUUCACCGCUUGGCUGCCGUCGUCCUGGUCCUUCGGUUCCUCCUCCUCGUCCCAGCCUAGGACCGAGAGCCGGGGAAGUAGCGGUAGGGAGGUAAUGUGCAUGGGGAAUUCCUCCAAGGUUGAAUCCGGGCGGCGGAGGAGGAGUGCCGAGGUCAGCAGGGAUAGGGGGGUUGUGAGGAGCAGCGUUGUGGGCUUCAUGAUUGGGCGGCCGAUGGGGAUGGAGAGGUUGGAGGAUCUUGAGGGAGGGGAAGGGAAGGAUGAUGUGUCUGGUGGUACUGGGAGGAUGGGGUUGAGGAACAGUCUGAACGGCUUGGGACAGAACAAGUGGUCACAGUAA